AUGCAUUGCAAAGCAAAAGCGAAACACAUUAUAAGAUUUGGGAUUGCGAUUUUCUCUCUUGCAAGUACCACUACAAUCAAUAGCACAGAAAUAGACCAGCUAACUCCUCAGUUGACAAGGAUCAUGCCACCAGUGGAUCCAAACAAUGAUCUUCGUGGUAACAUACUCCGUGCAUUAACACCGUUGAGGAAUCAACUGAGGCUCUAUGAAGAUGAAAGCCAGCGACUCAGAACUGUUGAUACUGAGAACAACCAGUUAACUGAAGAAAUAAGGCAACUAAAUGCCAGACUGACUGCAGCCAACCAAGCCAUUGCAGCCAAUAAUAUUCAUGGAAAGUUGAAUGAUUAUAGGGCGUUAAAAAGAGACAUUUCAAAUCUUCAAAGGGAAAACGACGCCUUGAAUACUCAACUAAAUGCUUUAAAACUUGAUAAGGCAGGAAAGGUAGAGCAAUUACGCAAAGACAAAGAUGAAGUAUACCAGAGAGUAACCAAGCUUGAAUCUGAGAUUAAUGCAAUCAAAGGAGAGCAGAGGGUGCUGUCUGAUAAAUUCUCAUCCUUUGAGGUCGAGACUACUGAAAUUGAAGGAAGAGUGCAUGUUAAAGGAGAUUUUAUAGACAAGAUGAUGGAAUAUGAAGAUUUAAAAAACGAGGUUAUCUUUACAUUUGCAGAGCUAAGACAGAAGGAGGACGAGCUGAAUAGAACUGAAGCAAGCAUUAAGGAGCUGGAUAUUGAGAGUGAAAGGUCCAAUGCAAGACUGUCAAAGCUAUCAAAAGAAUGCGAAAAGCAUGAAUACGAGAAGCAGAGAUACGAUAUGCUUAGUUCCGAGCUGAGGGAAUAUGAAGGCAUCAAGCAAUUAUACGAAGAGCUGUUGAAGGUGGAAAAUGAAAUAAGAGCAAUAGAAAGUGAAAUAAAAGAACGAAGAAAAGAGCUUGAAAGAGCCAAAAUGGAUGUGGGAAGCGAAAACAUUGAAGUUGAAAAAAACGAGGAUUCCGAACAUUCAUUCCCCAAUGCCUUGUAUAAAGCCUCCAGAAGGAUUAAGGAAGUUUUGAGUUCCAAGCAAGAUUUGGCUUUAAAGAAACUGAAGAUUAUUGACUUGGAAGGAUUGCAGAGUUUUUACAGGAAUGCAGUUGCGAGUGUUUUUGCAAUAUUUUCAUGGGUGAAUGUGACGUUGACAGGAUUGAGGGCGAUGCUGUUGUAG